GAGGAAUAUAUUUACAUGAACAAAGUGUCAGUCACCGGGGACCAGAACUCUGCAUCUCCAGACAAAGCACCCAAGGAGCAGGGUCCAUUGACCAAUGGAGAGCCCAGCCAGCACUCCUCAGCCCCUCAGAAGAGCCUUCCAGACCUCCCUCCACCCAAGAUGAUUCCAGAGCGGAAGCAGCUUGCUGUUCCAAAGAUCGAGUCUCCAGAGGGCUACUACGAAGAGGCUGAGCCGUAUGACACAUCCAUCAACGGUCAUUACAGAAUGUAUCUCCCCACUGGAGUCCCCCGAUGGGCACAGUUGCCUGAAGGAGUCAUUUAUGCCACGAUCACCUUGGAGGAUGGAGAGGCCGUGAGCAGCUCCUAUGAGUCCUAUGAUGAAGAGGAGACCAGCAAAGGCAAGGCAGCUCCCUACCAGUGGCCCUCACCUGAGGCCAGCAUUGAGCUGAUGCGUGACGCCCGCAUCUGUGCCUUCCUGUGGCGCAAGAAAUGGCUAGGCCAGUGGGCCAAACAGCUCUGUGUGAUCAGGGACACCAGGCUCUUGUGCUACAAAUCGUCCAAAGACCACAGCCCUCAGCUGGACGUCAGUCUGCUGGGCAGCAGGGUUGUGCACAAGGAGAAACAAGUGAGGAGGAAAGGACACAAACUCAAAAUAAUGCCAAGGAACGCCGACGUGAUCGUGCUGGGCCUGCAGAGCAAGGACCAAGCUGAGCAGUGGCUUCGGGUCAUCCAGGAAGUGAGCGGCUUGCCUUCCGAAGGAGCCGCCGAGGGAAACCAGUACACACCAGAUGCCCAGCGCCUGAACUGUCAGAAACCAGAUAUAGUUGAGAAGUACCUGUCAGCUGCGGAGUACGGCAGCACUGUUGAUGGCCAUCCUGAGGUCCCAGAGACCAAAGACGUCAAGAAGAAGUGUUCUGCUGGCCUCAAACUGAGCAACCUAAUGAACCUGGGCAGGAAGAAAUCUACCUCGCUGGAGCCGCCGGAGAGAUCCCUCGAGACAUCCAGCUACCUGAAUGUGCUGGUGAACACCCAGUGGAAGUCACGUUGGUGCCUCGUGAGGGACAGUCACCUGCACUUCUACCAGGACCGGAACCGGAGUAAGGUGGCCCAGCAGCCCCUCAGUCUGGUGGGCUGUGAAGUGCUUCCAGACCCUAGCCCCGAUCACCUGUAUUCCUUCCGCAUCCUCCACCACGGCGAGGAGCUGGCCAAGCUUGAGGCCAAGUCAUCAGAGGAGAUGGGCCACUGGCUAGGCCUCCUACUCUCAGAGUCAGGGUCCAGAACAGACCCAGAAGAGUUCACCUAUGACUACGUGGAUGCUGAAAGGGUUUCCUGCAUUGUGAGCGCGGCCAAAACUUCUCUCUUGCUGAUGCAGAGAAAGUUCUCGGAGCCCAACACGUACAUCGAUGGCCUGCCCAGCCGGGAUUGCCAGGAAGAGCUCUAUGACGAUGUGGAGAUGUCGGAGCUGACAACAGUGGUGGAGCCUGCUGAGGAAGCCGCCCCUGCUGUAGAUGCUGACAGCGCGAGGCAGCCUGACCGAGUGUACCUGGAUCUCGCGCCUACCAGGUCCUUCCUGUGCAGCCCCAGUGAGGUCCCGGUGCAGGCCUCUCUCCCAGAAUUGCCACAUCUGGAUGAUCUAGCUCAGCCCCUCACAGUAGAGCCAAGGCCAGGCACCACCCCAGAUGAGCUGCACACAGAGUCUCCAGAAGGCCUGGAGGAGCAGCAGGCACAGGGGCAGCUACAGAGUCAGGAGUCUUCAGAGCCCGUGGAGUGCCCUGUGAGAACCACCACCGUGAAGCUGCAGGCCGAGCAGCAGAGAAUCUCCUUCCCGGCCAACUGUCCGGACACGGUGGCUUCUACCCCCACCAGCGCCAGCCCGCCUGUAAAGGACAAGCUGAGGGUGACCAGUGCAGAGAUCAAACUUGGGAAGAACCGGACAGAGGCGGAGGUGAAGAAGUACACAGAGGAGAAGCAAAGACUGGAGAGGAGUAAGGAGGAGAUCCGGGGGCACCUGGCCCAGCUCCGCAGAGAGAAGCGGGAGCUCAAGGAGACUCUGUUAAGAUGCACAGACAAGGGAGUCCUGGCCAACCUGGAGCAGAAGCUGAGGAAAGUGGAUGAGGAAUGCCGGCUCGGGGAGAGCAGGCGCGUGGACCUCGAGCUCAGCAUCAUGGAGGUGAAGGAGAGCCUGAAGAAAGCUGAGGCUGGGCCUGUGACCCUGGGCACCACUGUGGAUACCACCCACCUGGACAACCAGAGCCCCCGACCACAGCCCAAAGCUGCCACCCCCACCCCGACCCCAGACUCCACCCCAGUCAACUCUGCAUCUGUGCUCAAGAACAGGCCUCUUUCGGUCAUGGUCACAGGCAAAGGCACUGUCCUGCAGAAAGCCAAGGAAUGGGAGAAGAAAGGAGCCAGUUAGAAGACGAGAACUGCCUAAACACCUCUGACAAUCCUGUUUCCAUCGAGUCUUCCAAACAGCAACUCUGGGGAACACUGAGUCUGCUUAGAAGAAAAAGCAAGGCACGAGCUGCUGUGAAUGGAACUUUGGUUAGAGGCGGCACCGUCCCCUUUCCAAGUCA